AUUUGAUUUCUAAGACGCAUUUUAACAUAUUGUACGAAGAGAAAGUGAAUUCGACAUGGAAAACAAUACGUUGGAUUUCCUGGAAAGUAAUUCAACGUCUAAUGAUACACCCAUUCAUUAUAUCAACAAAGAUCUUAAAAAGGCUGAAAACAUUCUUGCAAUAAUUUUUCUGAUAAUCUCGAUGAUUGCUAUGGGUGCAGACAUCUCUUGGAAUCAGAUUUAUAAACAGUUUCGAAAACCCGUUGGUCCAGCCAUUGGACUCUUUUGCCAAUUCGUUAUAAUGCCAUUGAAUGGAUUUCUUUAUAAUGUUAUAUUUCAAUUCGAAUCAACUGUAGCGGCUGGUUUACUUAUUAUAUCGUGCUGUCCUGGAGGUGCAAUUUCUAAUUUAUUCACAUAUUAUUUAGAUGGUGACGUUUCCCUGAGUGUGACUAUGACGACAGUAUCUAUCGUGGUAUGCCUAGGCAUGAUGCCUUUGAAUAUAUGGAUAUAUGCGAGUAAUACAGAAGCUAAAAAGUUAAUAAUACCUUACGGCAAUAUUGCAUUAUCGUUAUUAAUGAUUGUUCCUCCCGUAAUUUUGGGUAUGAUAAUAAAAUGGAAAGCUACUAAAUUAUCUGUUUAUAUCACUAAGUGGGGAAGUGCAACAACCGUGUUAAUGAUUAUAGUCUUCGGGAUAAUAGAGGUAAUCUCCUUUCAUCACAUGUUUAAUUUAACAUCGUGGAAAAUUAUUGUUACGUCUUUAUUAUCUCCUUUAACCGGAAUGGUAAUUGGAUACGUCAUAGCAUUCAUCUGUAGAAAUUCCAAAUCGGCUUGCAAGGCAAUAGCUAUCGAGUGCGGGAUUCAAAAUUUUACUGUUGCACUCGGCAUCAUUACUCUAUCCUUUGAUACCUCCAAACAUUCCUCAAUUAUGUUGUUUCCAUACUUUUAUGGACUGUUUCAAGCUUUAAUCUGCUUCCUUCUCUGCAUAAUUUUCUAUUUCAUAAAGAGAAAGUUGAACAAAAUUCAGAAGCAAAGUAACGACGUCGACAAUAAAGAAAACACAGCCGAAAUAACAAGUUUAUUCUCGUCUGAGGAUUCAUCACAACCGAAAGUCGCAUGAUUUAAUAAAACAAACAUUCUAUGAAAGUAGAAGAUUAAGAAGAUUUCGUUUUUUAGAGCUUGGAAUAGGGACUUCAUUUGUUACAUUUAUUAGGGCUCUUUCGGGAGUUUAACUUAAUGUCACUAUGUUCAAAUUGUUCAUUGUAUACUUAAAAUUAAAAUACACUUAUUUAUAUGUAAAUUUGAAAAUCCAUUUAUGGAAUCCUAUCAGAUCCAGGCCCUAGACAAUUGUCUUGUUUGCGUAGAUAUAAGCUUGGCCUGCAACAGUUCAUCAGCGAUAACACCGUGUGUAUUCUUUCUUUGAAUGCUCAACUUGUGUAAUGCUUAUUCACGUUAACUUAAAAUGAGAUGGGCCGGAUGGCCAAACGAAGCAUGUAUUCUUAGUAUUGUCGUGUACUAGAG